AUGCGGACAGCCGAUUAUUUUCAGUAACUCCAAAAUAGAAUAGACAGAUAAAGUACUAUUCAUUCUAAGUAAUGUAAGAAAGAAUAGCCUUAAAUAAAUCAGAGUGAGUAAAAUUGUAAUAUUAGCGCAAUAUCAAUAUCAGAAGCUGAAUUUAAGCUGGAAGUAGAUUGA